GAUUGUUAGAAUGGGGGUGUUUAUAGAUUGAGUGGACCAGAGUGUGGGAGCUGAGACAUCCACGGAGAUGGAUUCUUUUUGUGAUAGAUGUGGAUUCCUUGGUAAUAGCUAUUAUAAAUGUGGGAAUGCUUACACAUUUCUCUGCACAUGAAUAUUUAAAAUUGUAAAUACACAUCUGUGUAAGUGAUACAUAUGUAAGUGCAGGUACCUUUGAAAAUAGAAAGACCAUUUUUGGAAGUUCUUUAGGCAAUUUCAAUUGCAUCUUUAUUGUGGAUAGCAGUGAAGACUCAGCAGAAACUGGUACAUUGGAUAGGGUUUUUCAAUGUUCUUCUUUUCAUUGUUAGCCAUUUUGAUGCACAUGUUUGGGCCAAAAGUGGAACUUGAUUGGAGCUGCAUACAAUUAGGGAGGUGGCCGUAAUUUUCUUUUGAAAUACUAUGCUCAGGCUACCGCAAAUUGUCAGACCGGACUAGACAAGCUGGAUUUGCAGUAGCUUGUCUUACUCUAAGCUUGGAUUUUCCCAAGGGAAGCCACUGGAAUUGAAGGGCAGAGUGAAAUCUAGCCAGGCCAUACAGAUACUGUCAGUUCCAUUAGGCUGAUCAUCAUGCUUUGGCGAGCUGCUUUACUCCCUUCACUGCGAUCCCCAGGGCGGUUCUGGUGGCAGUCUGAUAUAGCUGGUUGCCAUCCUUGUUUACUGGCUCCUAACCUGGUGUUACAGAAUAAGUCUGCCCGAGGCUGGAGUAACAUCCCAUUUAUUACUGUACCUCUCAGUCGAACCCACGGCAAGUCAUUUGCUCACCGCAGUGAGCUGAAGCACGCCAAGAGGAUUGUAGUAAAGCUAGGGAGUGCUGUGGUGACGCGAGGUGAUGAGUGUGGCUUGGCCUUGGGGCGACUGGCAUCCAUUGUUGAACAGGUAUCAAUGCUGCAAAAUCAGGGCCGGGAGAUGAUGAUCGUCACCAGCGGGGCUGUAGCUUUCGGAAAGCAACGGCUCCGCCAUGAGAUCUUGCUCUCUCAAAGUGUGAGGCAGGCACUCCACUCUGGGCAGAACCAGCUCAAAGACAUGGCUGUUCCCAUGCUGGAGGCUCGAGCCUGUGCUGCUGCUGGCCAGAGUGGGCUGAUGGCUCUGUAUGAGGCCAUGUUCACGCAGUACAGCAUCUGUGCAGCACAGAUUUUAGUCACCAACUUGGACUUCCAUGACGAGCAGAAACGGCGAAAUUUAAACGGGACAUUGCAUGAACUACUGCGAAUGAACAUCGUCCCCAUCAUCAACACAAAUGAUGCUGUGGUUCCUCCCCCAGAGCCAAACAGUGACCUGCAGGGGGUAAACGUGAUUAGUGUGAAGGACAAUGACAGUUUAGCUGCACGACUGGCUGUGGAAAUGAAAACUGAUCUAUUGAUUGUUCUUUCCGAUGUUGAAGGACUCUUUGAUAGCCCUCCAGGAUCAGAUGAUGCAAAACUUAUUGACAUAUUUUAUCCUGGAGACCAGCAGUCUGUGACAUUUGGAACCAAAUCACGGGUGGGGAUGGGAGGCAUGGAGGCCAAGGUGAAAGCUGCCCUAUGGGCUCUCCAAGGUGGUACUUCAGUGGUGAUUGCCAAUGGAACCCAUCCCAAGAUCUCUGGCCAUGUCAUCACUGACAUUGUAGAAGGGAAAAAAGUUGGCACAUUUUUCUCAGAGGUGAAGCCUGCAGGUCCUACAGUGGAACAGCAGGCUGAAAUGGCCCGAGCAGGAGGCAGGAGUCUAGCGGCACUCCAGCCUGAGCAGAGAGCAGAAAUCAUCUAUCAUCUUGCUGACCUUCUGACAGAUCAGCGAGAGGAGAUUAUUCAGGCAAACAAAAAAGAUUUGGAGGAAGCCGAGAAUAAAGGAAGGUUACCUCUGCCUUUGUUGAAGAGACUCUCUCUGUCCACCUCUAAACUGAAUAGUUUGGCCAUUGGGCUGCGUCAGAUUGCAGCAUCUUCGCAAGACAGUGUUGGUCGUGUUCUCAGAAGAACACUAGUAGCAAAAGAUUUGGAACUGGAACAAGUGACUGUGCCUAUCGGGGUCUUAUUGGUGAUAUUUGAAUCCCGGCCAGACUGUCUUCCCCAGGUGUCUGCUUUGGCUAUUUCCAGUGGAAAUGGCUUAUUGCUUAAAGGAGGAAAGGAAGCAUCACACAGCAACCAAAUUCUUCACCAUCUGACUCAGGAAGCUCUUUCCCUACAUGGUGUUAAGGAUGCGGUGCAACUGGUCAACACCAGGGAGGAGGUAGAAGACCUGUGCCGCUUGGACAAACUGAUAGACUUGAUUAUCCCUCGUGGCUCAUCUCAGUUGGUUCGGGAUAUCCAGAAGGCUGCUAAAGGGAUCCCAGUAAUGGGUCACAGUGAAGGGAUUUGUCAUGUAUACAUAGACGUGGAGGCCAGUGUUGAGAAGGUCACUAGAAUAGUGAGAGAUUCAAAAUGUGAAUAUCCUGCAGCUUGUAAUGCUCUGGAGACACUCCUCAUUCAUCGGGACCUGCUGAGAACCCCUGUAUUUGACCAGAUCAUUGACAUGUUGCGAGUAGAACAGGUAAAGAUUCAUGCUGGUCCCAAAUUUGCCUCCUACCUGACAUUCAGCCCAUCAGAGGUGAAAUCCCUCCGCACAGAAUAUGGAGACCUGGAGUGCUGCAUUGAAGUAAUGGACAGCGUUCAGGAUGCUAUUGAACACAUCCACAAAUACGGGAGUUCCCACACAGAUGUCAUCAUCACAGAGAAUGAGAAAACCGCAGAAAUGUUCCUACAGCACCUGGACAGUGCUUGUGUGUUCUGGAAUGCCAGCACUCGUUUCUCAGAUGGCUAUCGCUUUGGGCUAGGUGCUGAGGUUGGCAUCAGUACGUCAAGGAUCCAUGCCCGUGGGCCAGUGGGUAUUGAGGGGCUGUUGACAACUAAGUGGCUGUUGAGAGGAAAGAAUCACAUUGUUUCUGACUUCUCAGAACAAGGAAGUAUGAAGUACCUUCAUGAAAAUCUUCCUCUCCCUCAGAGGAACACCAACUGAACACACAGGAGAAGAGAAUGAUGGUUAUCAAGGCAGUUACAGUUUCAGGACUGGUCUGAGAAAGCAGACAGACCUUCAUGUGGCCUGUGUCUGUACUGUGGGCUUCCAGGAUACUCUUAUGUGCAGCUAAAGGGGGACCCACGGCCAUGCUCUGUGCCAGAGUUCUUUCUCUUAUUCCUCCUGUGUUAUGCAGAUACAGAUGCUGUGAAUAUCAUCACCUGAUAAUGAACCUUGGCUCCUGCAGCACAGGAGAAAGAACUCUGGUCCUCCUCCACUGUGCUCCAAAGUGGGGAACUUUUUGGGUUGGUAACAGAUCUAUUUAUUAUGUCUCCCUUUACGUUCCAAAAACCUCUGAACACUCCCCUUUUCCCCUCCACCUUCCCCCGCCCAAAGCUUUAUUGCUUUGAGAAAACUCUUGAGUAGAAAUUUCUGCUUCCUUUGGAGAUUGCCGUGGGAAUUCUGAAUCAGUUUGUCUUAUUUAAAAUUACUGAAUCUUCUGUUUAAUAAAUAUUCCAGGUACAUAAUGAAAGGUCUUCAGCAAACCAGUGCUUUUCACACACAAUCUCUUUUUAAUUACUGAGUCGUCACAGUUGUCUAGCACUGCUGAGGUGUUCAUUAUCCUUUUAUGAAUAUUUGUACCAAAUAUUUUCAUUCAUUUUAUAUGAAAUCUUAUUUCUCCUGAUAGAUUGAAAAAUAUUUUUCAGACUUCAUGGUUUUUCAGAAUAAAACUCCCUUGCAGUAUGA